GGCGAGCGUCCCGGUUGGCCUCGGCGUGGCGCGACACGGUUACGGCGCGCUACAGACGCGCGGGUACAGUUCGGCCGUCCCCCGCGAUCGCGCCCGACCAGCUUCCCGAGUGGCCUCACCCCAGCGCAUUUCUCAGUCUGCGAGCGAGCCGCAUGCCCGACCAGUUCCAGCUGGCCUUCGUUGCCUCCUUCCUCGGCACCUCCGUCCUCCUCUUCGCCCUCACCGCGUUCGUCAAGUCAAAACUUCACGCCGCAGGCUACCACUUCUCCGACCUCGUCCUCAUCGGCCUCGAGAGAAAGCACCGGGAACACGUAGACGCAGACAUGGCAGACUUCACGAGCGGCCCCUACGCCCAGCUCAUCGCGCUGGCACUCGCCAUCGUCACGAGCACAUGGGUGUACAUGAAGUUUGGUCGCGGAGGCAAGAGGAAGCCCGUCCUGGACCCUCAGGUAUGGAAGGAGUUCCCCCUCCGGGAGAAGAUCGUCAUUUCGCCGAACACCGCCAUCUACCGGUUCGCCCUUCCUCAUCCGCAAGAUGUACUCGGUCUCCCCAUUGGCCAGCACGUCUCCGUGUCGGCCGAGAUUAACGGCAAGGACAUCAUGCGGAGCUACACGCCCACGAGCAGUGACGACGACCUGGGCCACUUCGACCUGCUCAUCAAGGCGUACGAGAAGGGUAACAUCUCGCGCUUCAUCUCCCUCCUCAAAAUCGGCGACAAGGUGCGCAUCAAGGGCCCCAAGGGCCAGUUCCGCUACACCCCCACGCUCGCGCGCGAGUUUGGCAUGAUCGCGGGUGGCACGGGCAUCACCCCCAUGCUCCAGAUCGUGCGCGCGGCGCUCAAGAACCCCCUCGACCGCACCAAGCUCUCGCUCAUCUACGCAAACGUCAACCCUGAGGACAUCCUGCUCAAGAAGGAGCUCGACGAGCUUGCCUCAAAGCACAGCCACCGGUUCAGGGUGUACUACGUGCUCAACAACCCCCCGCCCAGCUGGGACGGCGGCGUUGGCUUUGUGACGAAGGAGCAGAUCGAGAAGCACCUGCCGCCCACGGACAAGGACAUCAAGAUCCUCAUGUGCGGCCCUCCGCCCAUGAUCACGGCCAUGAAGAAGCACCUCGCCGAGCUCAACUACGCUGCUCCCAGGACAAUCAGCAAGCUCGAGGACCAGGUGUUCUGCUUCUGAGCGCCCCGCGCGGCGCUGGGGGCUCGGUGUCGGUCAUGUUACUAGAUCUACUUCCCGUGUGGAAUAAGCUUAUACGGUGUUAAUACGAUCUCUUGGGUUAGCUGUCUGCUAUGAACAGUCACGAGACGACCCGGGCCCGCGACGUGAUUCCCAGCUUGAGAGCUUCUGAUGUACCCGUUCUUGCAGCCGCCCGAGGACGCGGGAAGCGGCGCACGUUGUGGUCGGUCGAUGCUAUACAAGCCAAGCGGGAGCGCAUAAAGCCCUCUGCGC